ACAGUUCAAGAGAGUUUGCGUGUGAUUCUUUCUCAUCUCUGUCCUCCGCGUCUCCUACAUUUCAUAGAUAUCUCUAGUUGAAAAAAUUUCAUCAUGGGGACUAUAUAUGUGCAUUAGUUUGUUCAAUCUUUUCUCAAUCUGAUGGUGGAUCAUAGUGUUUGAUCUGAAACGUGGUGAUAAAAGAUUUACAUGAUCUAAUUCAGAAAAAAGUAAAUCGAGUAAUUCAGUGAUUAAAUUUCCAGUUUCUCUUAAAGGGUGAAUGAAGAAUAUCAUGGCGAAAUCCCAAUCCAUAGCUCAAGGUUCAAAGCAGAGUGGAUCUGCAAACUCUGAAUGUACUACCUCAUACAAGCAGACAAUUAUUUACACCACAUUUCUUGAGACAGAGAGCCAUUCCUUCAAGGAGCUUGUGCAGAAACAUACUGGAGUUUCAGAGGGUGAAAAGCUCCCUGUCACCAUGCCUCCAAAAAAAUCAAGCAGAGGCAGUGCAGUUGCAGGGCUCAAAUCAGAUGGUGGUUUUGCAUUGAUCAAGGGUGGGAUUGAAGUGGGUCCUCAGAAAUCAGCCUUUAAGCUUCACCACAGAAGGCAGUUUCACAAGAGAUUAGAGAUGCAGUUGGGCCUCGGUCAUGAUGAUGCCUCUGCACCAAAAUUAGUAGCAGGUAAUGGUUGUGUGUUGUCACCCACUCUGAAUCCCAGCCCAUGCACUCCUCUUGGGCCUAUUGAUCCAUUCACUUGUUCAUCAACAAGCUAUUGCUAUAAUAAUUAUAGCACAUCAUGUUGUUCUACUCCUUCCUGCAAUCAGUCCCCAUAUUUGGAUGAGCAGGGUGAAGAGUUCUGUUUUGAGGCUUCUGCCAUUAGAGUGAAAAGUGAACCAGAGUUGCUUCCCCUGUUUCCCCUGCAUUCUCCAAUAAAACCCAGAAACUGAAUCUUGUAUUUGGUGUUGUAUGGCAAUGUUAGUUAAUAGAAUUUCGUUUAAAUUGAA